AGCUGCCAGCCGAGCAUUUCCUGUUUCUGACAGGCACAGCACAGUGAAGUUUCAGCUGCGUGUUACAGGCUCAUAUUUUAUCAAGUGGAGCACACACACACACGCACACACUGAGAGAGAGGCACAUGCACUGAGCGCCCAGGACAGGAAAGCCUGCUAUCACUUUUCGGAUACAGAGACGCACAGAGGAUGUUCUGAGCGGGCCUGUCUGUCGCGAAAUAGGACCUUGUGCUAAGUGUCCCGCUGACCCCAGGAGGAGAGAGGCACGAGCAGGCCAUCGUCUCUGGUGUAAACGUUUGCUGUAGGUGCUCGCCACUGGAGUGGUAUGGUUCUGUCCUACACAGGGUCACAUGGAGCCUCGUCUACAGUGAUGCCGCACGAGAAUCCGGUGCGUCAGGACAUGCAGUUUUACUACGUGGGUGAGCACACUUGGACCACCAUGUUUGGGCAGAAUGUGAAGCUCCAGCCAGUGCCCAUCCAAAGCCUGUCGGAGCUGGAGCGAGCGCGUCUGCAGGAAGUGGUCCUCUAUCACCUGGGGACGAGAGACCUGGACUUCAAGAUCAGCAUUCCGAGGGAGACUCGCAAGAUGAGGAAAUCACUAAGAAGAAAGUUUGAUUCCUUUUCCAAGGAAAAGAAGGAGAGAGAAAGAGCCCCCAAGGCAUUCGGGAUCCCUCUGUCACAGGUGAUCGCUAACGACCGGGCGCACAAGCAGCGGCAGGACGCUGUGAAAGAGAGCCGGAGGGACUGCCUGGAGCUGGAGGCAAGCGUGAUGCGCUUCCGUGCAGAGAAGCGGCAGCAGACCAGCAGCGUGGCUGCCUCUCACAGAAGACCCUCCUCGCCACCACUGGAGAGCCACAGCAAGCCCAUGUCUGCAGGCUUCAUGGACAGAAGCUCCCGCAACCACAGACGGGGAGGGCUGUCGGUUGACUCCAUCUCAGACCUGGUGGAGAGUCAGUCUCGGCUACUGGAGGCCCUGCAGCUCUCCCACCCAAACGAGCUGGACAUGAAGAAGGCGUCAGCAGCUGGUCGCACGCAGGCCAAGCUGAGCCUGAACCCCAUCUACUGCCAGGUGCCACGGGUUAUGGAGCGCUGCUGUCAGCACAUCCACACCUACGGGCUGCAGACAGUGGGCAUUUUCCGUGUAGGCAGCUCCAAGAAGCGAGUUCGCCAGAUGCGAGACGACUUUGACAGUGGGACAGACGUUAUACUAGAUGAAGAGCACAGUGUCCAUGAUGUGGCAGCCCUGCUGAAGGAGUUCCUGAGAGACAUGCCUGACCCUCUACUGCCCAGAGAACUCUACCGUGCCUUUCUGCACGGCACCAAUUUGCAGGGGGACGAUCAGUUUUCAUACAUGCAGCAGCUGUUGUACCUGCUACCUCCGUGUAACUGUGACUCCCUGUGGAGGCUUCUCAGCUUACUGCACACAGUCCAGGAGCACGCGCAGGACUCCUCGGGACCUGACCAGCAGGAGGUCCAAGGCAAUAAAAUGACAGCGGCGAACCUGGCGGUGAUCUUCGGUCCCAACCUGCUCCAGAAGGAGCGAGGAACAGAUAAGGAGUCAAACCCCCAGGCUAUGGGCAUAGAGGACAGUGCUGCCAUCAUCUCAGUCAUUCUGCUCCUCAUCCAGCACUAUAAACGCCUCUUCACGGUGUCCGCAGAGCUCCAGCAGGAGGUGCUCAUGAGUCUCAUCCAGACAGACCCAGAUGUCAUAGAUUACCUGCUACGCAGGAAACUAAGUGGCAGCAGUCUGAUGGUGGAGUCUGAUAUGGGGGCCCGCAGGGAUAAGCAGGUGUCUCUGGACUCAGUGGGUCAGUCCAGCGAUGACCUGUCCCCCAUAGACCCCACCUCUCCCAUCUCCCCUCUGUUCGGCGACUCGGCUGGGGGAGGCAGCCUGAGCAGCGAGGUCUUCUUCAACGUCCUGGGCCUCAACACCGCAAGAAAGUGCUCAGGCUCUUCCCAGACUCCACGCAAGUGCAUAGCCCAAAUGCGGCAGUUCCACUCCCAUCACAACCUGUUGAGUUUUACCCAGCCCAUCCAGCUCCAGGCUGAGGAGGGAGAGCUGCAGGGGUGCCGGGGGGGCUGUCUGGCGCAGGCGUGCCCCACUCACUUCAGUCUGGGCCAACAGGACGGCGGCUCCCAGCCGCAGCGCUCCAAUGAAAGGAGCGGCUGGGGUCGUCAGGGCUCCAACACCUCUACUGCUUCAGAGGACAGCAAGCAAGCGAGCAACUUCUGGGACUUUUUCACUGGCAAGGUGACCAUGAUAAGAAGAAGCCCGUCUCUUCAAAAUUUCUUCGCUGACCAGUUUCAUUGUGAAAAACAUUAAGUGGGAAGGAAUGGUAAGAUGAAGGGGUUUUUGGAAGACACCGUUGAUGCUGAAGCUGCAGUACACCACUGAACCAUAAGGGGUUUAUUUACCUAAAACCAACACUGCACUGCUUGACUAACACUCCACAAAUAGGAAGGUUGUUCCCAGACUAGUAUUCAUUUACUAAAAUCUAACUAACAUUCGAGUUAGUGUGUAGACAUCAACCUUCUAACAUAGAGGAUAGAUCAAAGUAUUGGAAAUAUCCCACCUGAAUGUACCCUCUACAUAAGUAGAGUACUGAUUAAGCUUUGUAAAUAAUUAUGUACAUGAGAUUCUAUACCCACUGUAUAAACCUCAAAAGAUGCCAUGUACUUUAGAUGAAACCAUUUCUAUGUGAAAUCAUGACAACUUUGUUCAUAAUGAGAAUAUUUACAAUUGCAUUGACUAAUUUUUUUUUAACGAUUUAAGUGAAGCUUGUCAGUGUCACGACAAAGACAUUAGUGGAAAACUCCCCAUAAGUAGGUGGUGUUAAUGCCAUUUGAUGCUUCCCACACAAACCUCCAAGCUGUUCAUGUCUUUUUGAUUUUGUCUUUAUUGGGGACAGAUUGAACAUGCCCCUUCUUUCAUACAUUCCAUAUACUUCAUCCCAAGGCCUCUCUACCUCUUACAAUCUGUACAUUGUUUGUCAAAAGUGCACUUUUUAAAAACCAACAUAGACUCAAUGCUGUCACUUUAUACAACAGAUAGUGGUUGGGGGGCAUGGGGGGAGCUCACAAAACUUCACACACAAUAGUAGAAUGAAUGUUAGCAUGAUUUAGCAUUAGGCACCAUCACACCUAACCACAUUUGCCAUAAAGCAAUUUAGCUUGCUAAUGCUAAUUCUAGCUAAUAUUCAGUUCUAAUGAUCAGUGCAUUAGGUGUCAAGCAAUAAAAUUACCCUUGUGAUGUAGCUUAGGGUAUAUCUGGUAUAUGCUGACUCAUACUCCAUUGCCAGUUGCACAUUUCUGUAGCAACAAUCAGCCCAAGUAAUAUCACCACAGUACCACUGCUGGUAUGUUUAAAUGAAUGAAAACUGAACAAAAAAAUCUAUAGAACCGUGAACGUCUAGGGAAAAAUAACAAUAAAGGUAAUAAUUUUACAUAAAUUAUGAAACAGAACACACACAAAAGGAGACAAACAGCAUCCAAUUUCAGCAUCCUCCCCCUCCUACUCCUUUGUUGACCAUUAGAAUCUAAAAUCCAGUUAAAGCACACUAGCAGUUUGAAUGAUAAUGACGAUAAUAGUGUGGUUAUGACUGUUAUGGAAGUACAAAGUGUUAUAAACACUGGUGACAUCUCACAAUAGGUCCAUUCUUAACAUACCUUAAGGUGAGAUGCAGCAUAAGUGGUCAAUCAAAAAGCUUGUAUUAUCACUGAAUUGUUACACUUGCUACUGCUGUUUCCUGUUUAUAACAUUCAUACGAGGUUUAUAACAGCUGUAAUACCAUGCAUAAGUCAUUACCGAAUACAUGUUUUACAGGAGCUAUGAGAUGUGGACUUUAAACAGCAGCAGUCAGUUCAGAAUCUUCACAGAUGCAUAUUCCAAAAUAAAAGUGUCAAAUGAAAAAAGGCAAGACCAACAUGAACAGUCAAUAAAUUUUCCUGUUGUGUGCCCAACUAAACAUGGACAAGUUGAGCUCAUUUUAAUGCAUGGAGAAAAGGUCACAAUAGCCCACUAAAGCCAAACAUUACAUGCUCUUACAAUACCAGUUUGUUAUGAAAGUUCUGUCACCUUUCUUAUUUGGUGGAUGAAUUACAACAGAAGACUUACCAUCUUGGAGGUUAGGGUGUUCUGUUUCUGUAGGGAGAUUUUCAUAGCCACAGGGUGGCUCAUAGGGCUUGAAAAUCUUUAGCAUCUGUGAACAAGUUAUGGACCAAGUGCCGAGAAAGACGACACUCACCAUAGAGACCCCCGUAAUACCAGGGACAACACUCACCACAGAGGCCCCUGUAAUACCAGGGACCAAGUAAGCUUACCAGCAGUUCAGGCAGUCAACUGAAACAAAACCAACAAAAAAAACCAAAAAAAAA